AUGGCCAGUCCUUCCACCGACGCAGCGGCGAGCGCACCCGAUGCCGAGAUUCAGCAGCUGCAGGCAGGAGACGCUGUCGGCGCCGAGCAGGCAGACCAAGCAGCUUCCGAGCCCGCGGCCGUCGAGGUGACGCUCCUUGUGCCCUCUCAGCAAUUCCUGAGCCUCCCGACGUCGCCCGCAAAGAAGACGGCAGACGGUCUCCUCGAGCUUCCCCUGCCGAUCGCUCUCUCCGAUGCGAUCCACGACCUCCGCACCAUCAUUACCGACGCACCCGAGGGCUUCUGGCUCGGCGCAUUCUCGCUUGCCCCGUGCUACGCCGAGGAGGUCGAGGGAGGCGAGGUCAAGGAGGGCGAGGAGCAGGCGAAGCAGUUCGGAGAGUGGAAGGCACUCUCGCCGCCCGAACGCAAGCCUCUUGCGGCUGGCGAGGUCGAUCCGACGGCGUGGAGCCUGACGAAGGAGGGCGUCUUGGGCGACUUUGCCGACUUGACGGCCGUCUUUGGCGCCGAGCCCGAGUUCUGGGAGGGCAAGAAGCGCGGUCUCAAGGUCACCUUCACCCCCUACUCUUCGGCUUCGAUGCACCAACAUAUCCUCAAGGUUCGCGACGUCCUGUUCUCCAACCUCCCUCCUUUCGCCUCGACCCCGACCAACUACGACCCUACUUCGCUCGCGAUCGGCGCUGGCUCAACGCUUUACGCUUCGGUCUGCGGAAAGAACGAGGUUGAGCAGGAGAAGGCUGUCUCGCAGGAGGAGGAGCAGGACGAGAAGGCUUCCAAGGGCAAGAAGGGCAAGGCGAGCAAGAAGGCAGAGAAGGCUGCUGCUGAGCCGGCCUCGACGUCUUCCGCUGCGCAACCCGAAUCCUCGACUCACCCCUUCUCCGGCUGGACUAUCGAUGACCUCAAGGCCGACAACUACCUUACCCACCUCUCCUCUGCCUCUUCCCUCGCCGCCACCUCCCCCUGCCUCAAAUCCCUCGGUGUUUCUCCCUGGAGUCCACCCCCUCACCCCCGCCGUCUCCGCGGCGACCUCGUCUACCUCACCAUCCAGACGCUCGAAAGCGAGCAGUACACCAUCACUGGCGCGACCAACGGAUUCUGGGUCUCCAAGUCGACGAACGCGACUUUCGACCCGUCUCCACGUGCCGUCCUUCCCAAGGGCGUCCACGCUGGCGCAUACCACUCGCUUUUCGAGCUCCUCGCCGACAUCUCGCCUUCCUUCCGCAAGAAUCUCUCUUCUCUCAUCGCCAAGUCGUCUCGCACCGACUUGAGCCAGUCGGACCUCGUCGGCGCGCUGGCCAUCACCCACACGAUCCCCGCUGCGCCAUACCUCGUCAAAGCGCCUCAACACGUCGCAGACCCCUUCCGCACCCAGGCCGCCUACCUCCUCACCUCGUCCACCACCGCCGACCAGCUCCCCGCCGCACGCGACUGGAACGACGAGUUUGCCCAGUACCUCGAUCUUCCUCGCUCGAACGUCAACGAGCGCCUCCUCCGCGAGCGUCUCAUCUGCCGGACGCAGGCCGAAUUUGUUGCUGCUGCUACUCGCGGAGCGAUGGCGAUUGCUCGCGGCGACGUCCAGCCUCUCAACCCGAACGAGGCGCCAGCUGCGCACACUUUCAUCCACAACAACCUCCUCUACACCAAGGCUGAGGACGCGACCGGCAUGCACACGCACCUCGGCGGCGACGAAGCAAGUCGUUACGCCGCGGGCAAGGACCUUCGCGGUAUCGAGAUCCUCGAGCGCCUCGACAUCGACGGUCUCAGCGUCAUGCAGACCCUCCUUGUCGACUUCCGCGGCACUCGCUGGAUCUGCCAGAGCCUCAUUCCCGGCCUGUUCAAGACCGCUCGGGACGGCGAGGCUGAGGUCUCGCUCGCUGGCGACGAGAAGGGCGAGAAGGUGCCGACGACCUACCCUGCCGGCGACGAGUCGGCCAAGGAGGCUGCGAAGAAGGCCAUCGAGUCCGACAAGCCUUUCCCGGCCGAGACGACCCCGAACAAGGACGAUUACCCGCCUACGUCCGCCUUCCGCAUCGUCUACGGCGCGGCCGACCCCGAGAAGCCCGACUCGAAGGUUCGCGCGUCGGCUUACUUCCACGAGACGCUCGCCAAGAAGGUCGCGAAGCAGAUGCGCUUUGCCGAGCACGACGUCAAGAACGAGGAAGGCAAGGUCACCCGGCUUUACACGGCGAGCGACAUGCACGGCAUCGCCGCGACUGACGGCAGGAGCUACUUCAUCGACUGCUCCCGCUUGCAGUGUGUCGACGUCGAGUUCCUCGAGAAGAACGUCAAGGCCGACGACUCGACCUCGGUCGAAUACCCUCACCGCGUCGUCCUCCUCCGCCCCGAGCUCCUCGAGGCGUACCGCGAGUCGAAGCUGCAGAAGUGGCUCGAGGUCAAGGUCGCGGAGACCCGCGCCAAGGUUGAGGAGGAGCAGAAGUCGGUCGAGGCGGAGCUGAAGGAGGCCGCGUCCACCGAGACUCCUACUCAAGGCGAGGAGGCGCCGCAGGACGACGAGGCCAAGCCGGCCAAGGCGCCCACGACGUCCGUCAUCAACGCCGACGACUUUGUUCUCAACUUCGACCCCGACGCGUUUGUCGAGCGCAAGCCGACCGAAUCGGGCGAGCAGCUCGUCAUCUACGACCCCGAAGACGAGUCGACCAAGAACGUACGCCUCGCCAGCCAGUACCUCCGCGACGUUGUUCUUGACGAGUUCCUCGUCGAGGCUGCGGCGAACACCUUCAUCGUCACCGACGGCUUCCUCAUCACCAAGACGCUGCACCGCAAGGGCAUCAACAUGCGCUACCUCGGUCUCCUCGUCGACAAGAUCGACCAGGGCGCCGACAAGAUCGAGGUUGGCAAGUCGACGACCAAGGACGAGGCGGCCUUCACGCUCAGUCUCCUCAAGAGCACACUCCAGCACGAGAUGGUCAUUCGCGCCGCCAAGCACAUCCUCAACCGCCUCCUCCGUUCCGCCGAGGCUUACGACGAGGCAGCCAUCGUCGCGCACUUCUACAACUGCCUCCUCGGCGCCGCCUUCAACACGUCGCCCGUCGCUGAGCCCAUCGACCUUCCGCUCGGCUCGCAGGUCGACCGGUCCUGGACCGACCUCUCUCCCGCCUCUCUCCGCGCAGACCUCGUCAAGGAAGUCGCCGCUCGCUUCCGUCACCAGUUGUACGAGUCCUGGUUCGAUGAGCAGAUGCUCAAGAACAAGGUCGCACGCGAGCUCUCCCUCCGCGUCGGCGUCCAACUCGUCGCCCGCAAGUACGACUUCGCUGGCGCGCAGGCCGACUCCUCCGAGCCGCACGUCAACGGUGUCUCUACCUCGUCCGACAGCGAGCCUGCCGCCUCAUCGUCGAAGAAGGGCAAGAAGAGCAAGAAGGCCAAGGCUGAUGUCGACGACAAGCCCAAAGCUCGCGGCGCACCGACCACCUUCACGCCGGAGGACGUCCUCAACGUCGGCCCCGUCGUCAAGUCGACCAACCACCGCUCGUCGCUUGUGGAGGAGACCUUCUACCAGGGUCAGCGUGCGAUCGCAGAUGGUCACGCCGAAGUCGGUGAAGCCGUCUGCAACGACGCGCUCCACAUCUGCGAGCAGAUCUUCGGUCCCGUCCACGCCGAGGGCGCCGACAAGUUCCACGCGCUCGGCAUCAUGUGGCACAACCUCGCUCAGCGCGUCCUCAACACCGUGCGCACGCACGAGCUCGCCGCCAGCGCUCUUGCCGACCUCUCGCCCGCUGAGCGCGAGCAGCACGAGAAGCAGAUUCAGGAGCUCCUCGUUCCCGACGUCGAGCAGGCUCGCGCCGAGGCCGAGGCGUACCUCCAGCAGGCUGUCCGCCUUGUCCGCCAGUCGAUCGUCAUCUCGGAACGCACGAACGGCGUCGAUUCGGCAGACGCCAUCACCCAGUUCUCCGACCUCGGCUUGCUCGAGCAGGCUGCGGGCAACUCGGAGCUCGCCCUCACGCUCACGAAACACGCGAUGAACCUCUACGUCGCCGCCUACGGCCCGAAGCACCCGCAGCUCGUCACCCUCCUCAACAACGCCGCGGCGAUGGUCCAGGCCAAGUUUGGAGCCGAGGCGGCCAUCCCGCUGCAGAAGGAGACACGCAAGCUCGCCGAGCUCGUCUAUGGCGCCGAGUCGGUCGCGGUCGGCCAGGCCGAGUACACGCUCGGACAGUCGUACGCCAUGUCGCAGGACCUCCCGUCCGCGCUCGAGCACAUGAAGCUGGCCAAGGAGAUCCUCUCAAAGCACCUCGCCGAGGGCGCCAAGGAGAUCACCGAGGCGACACAGUUCAUUCAGAUGGUUGAGGCUGCUGUCGCGCACGAGGCACGCGAGCAGGCCGCCCGCGAGGAGCGCCUGAAGAAGGCUCUUCCCGCCGUCGGAGGCAGUCGUCGCAUCGGCGGAGCUCGCCUCACUGGCGCAUCGGCUUCGACGUCGCCCCUCAGCGGCGUGCUCAGGCAGCAGGUUAAUGGCGCGAGCACGAGUGCGCAGCGGCAGCGAACACACGGCGAGAAGGCCGACUUGAGCGUCGACGACCUCGUCAACUACAUUCAGGGCUCGUCGUCGUCCUCCAAGUCGCGCAAACGCAAGACGUCGCCUUAA